AUGUUUCUGGAUCGUCUACGUACUGCGCAACCCAACAGCGCGUGCGUGAUGGAGUCCUUCGACGUUACCGCCCUUUAUACAAACGUGUCGAAUGACUCCGCAAUGCAAGCCAUAUUCGAACUCCUUACACAACACGAAGGAGAAAUAAACAUGUAUGGCUUCAGGAUAGAGCAUCUGAUGGCACUCUUAAAAGAAUGCUUGAGCUGCUCAAUCUUCAGAUGGUCUGGAAAGUACUACGCUCAAAUAAGAGGGUUGGCAAUGGGACAACGACUGGCUCCAAGCCUUGCCAUUGCAUUUAUGUCUAAGGUGGAAGCACCGGUGACUGAUCUCGGGCCGCUACUCUAUUGUAGGUAUGUAGACGACUGCUUUGUCCUUUGCUCAACACAAGAGGAAAUGGACAAAUGCUUCGAAUUGUUAAACGCACAGUCAGAGUAUAUCAAGUUCACCCGAGAAAAGCCGAAAGAAAAAUGGCUUCGUUUCUGA